AUGCCGCCGCCGAAUACCCCAGAGGAGGGAGUCACAGCGCCAUCAACUCGCCCAGCCUCUCCGCUGCAAGCCUUUGCCCCAUCCCCGCACCCCAACGCGGCGAACGGCUGCGCGACACCUGGAGACUUCGGGCUGCUCGAGAUCGACUACCAGGCUCUCGAAUAUGUCGGACCGGUUGACGAAACUCUUUUGUGCCCAGUCUGCAGGACUCCUUUCCACGCUCCCAUCACGACUUCUUGCGGUCACACCUUCUGUGCCGACUGCAUCAACCGCGCCCUCGAGAUCCAGCCCGUGUGCCCGAUUGACCGGCGUCCGCUCAAUAAGGCUCGCGAUUACCACACGCUUCCUCUGAUCGUUAAGGACCAGCUGGAUCGGCUCAAGGUCAAGUGUCCGAACCGCGGUUGCGACUACGAAUGCUCGCGCGAUCUUCUCGAAGGUCACUACGAGCGCCAUUGCGAGUUCACACUAGUUCCCUGCCCAGACCCCCAGUGCAACAAGAGGAUUGCUCGUCGCGACGCGCUACCUGAGAACGGGUGCAUGCACCAAGAGGUGCCGUGUGAAUACUGCGACAAGAUUGUGCUGGUUUCAGAGCUUGAGGCUCACUACGAUACCGACUGUACCGGUGCCACGUCUGACUGCCCUCAGUGUCAAGGAGUCGUUUUACGUCCUCUGUUGGAGAUGCAUAAAGCUCAGGUUUGCCCCGAAGGGGAGACUAAUUGCAAGUGGCGCGCAGCGGGUUGCAAGGUCUCCGGCAAGCGCCGGGUUGUUCAAGAGCAUGAGCAAGAAGGAUGCAUGUUCGAGGCUGUCGGUCGCCUCAUGGAACAGCGGGCUGAGGAUAUGAAAAUGAUGCAGGACCUUAACAGCCGGGUCCAACUUUUGGAACUCCGCCAUCGCCGUCGCCGUGACCGUAGGUCAGACAUGGCUGGCGCGCAAGUUGUCGACUCCCCUGCUGGAGCAAUGGCUGCGUUUUCCGAGUUCGACGUGCUUCCCCCUAUUGCGGAGAACAACACUCUGGCAGCAGCAUCUGCCGAAGACUACAUGCUCGCUCAAUUCGAGCGUAUGGAGGCCCAGAUGGAUGAUCUCCGCAAGAGCCUGCUUGACGUCGACGCCCACCAGUCCCUUAGCCUCCUGCAACAGUCGGCCGCCAUUAAUGAGCAACUGGCCGAGCUUUCUGCAAAGAUCGGCGUCCUCACGUUGCAGACUAACUGGCUGCUUAACAUCACCCGGCACAUGCAGCAGCGCUCGAACAGCUCUUCGGGAUCAUCAGGCGGCUCAGGGUCUUCAGGCCCUCACAACUCGUCCGACUCUCGCGGAGGUAGAGAUGGUAACAACAGUCGAAAUCUUCCCAGGAGGGGCGCGUCUUCCUCCGAUAGUGGAGGACUGCCACGCCAUUUAGCCGACCGUCGUGGGAGUGUUGGCAGAGGAGAAAACCCCCCACGGCUGUGA